CUACGUGAAUCCAUCGCCAUCGCCUUCUCUGCUUCCUGCCUUCCUUCCUUCCGUUGCUUCCUUCCUCCCUUUUCCUCUCUUGCCUCAGCUCUCCACGAGGAAGAACAGCCUCGAGGGCGAAAUGGCGACGUCGACGAUCGGAAUCUCGAGGAUUUCUUCACCUGGAAUCCUCUCUCAGGCCGAUCCCGCGAACCGGAUCCGUCCGUCCGCCUUCGUUCCCGCCACCCGUCUGAUCUCCUCUUCGAAUUCGCUGAUAUGCGGCCAGAAGCUGAGCUCGGACCAUCUCCGGCGCAGGAAGGGCGAUAUCGGCGGCGCAGGCGUGAGGGCUCCGAUGAUCGUGUCGCCCAAGGCGGUGUCCGACUCCCCUAAUUCACAAACAUGCCUCGACCCCGACGCUAGCAGGAGUGUGCUGGGAAUUAUAUUGGGAGGAGGUGCAGGCACACGCCUUUACCCACUUACCAAGAAGAGAGCAAAGCCUGCCGUCCCCUUGGGGGCAAAUUAUAGGUUGAUAGAUAUCCCAGUGAGCAAUUGUUUGAAUAGUAACAUAUCAAAAAUUUAUGUCCUCACACAAUUCAAUUCAGCAUCACUAAACCGGCAUCUCUCCCGAGCAUAUGGUGGUAAUAUUGGUGGCUACAAAAAUGAUGGAUUUGUGGAAGUGCUUGCUGCCCAACAAAGCCCUGAAAAUCCGAAUUGGUUCCAGGGAACAGCUGAUGCUGUGAGGCAGUAUCUGUGGUUAUUUGAGGAGCACAAUGUAAUGGAAUUCCUUGUUCUUGCUGGGGAUCAUUUGUACCGUAUGGACUAUGAAAGGUUCAUCCAAGCGCACAGAGAAACUGAUGCGGACAUUACUGUUGCUGCACUGCCUAUGGAUGAGACCCGGGCUAGUGCAUUUGGUCUAAUGAAGAUCGAUGAAGAAGGCCGCAUAGUUGAAUUUGCUGAGAAGCCAAAGGGAGAACAGUUGAAGGCUAUGAGGGUCGACACCACCAUUCUAGGGCUUGAUGAUAAACGUGCAAAAGAGAUGCCAUAUAUUGCAAGUAUGGGUAUUUAUGUUGUGAGCAAGGAUAUCAUGUUGCAACUUCUACGUGACAAGUUCCCAGGUGCAAAUGAUUUUGGAAGUGAAGUCAUUCCUGGCGCUACUUCCAUUGGUAUGAGGGUGCAAGCUUAUUUGUAUGAUGGAUACUGGGAAGACAUUGGUACGAUUGAGGCUUUCUACAAUGCAAAUUUGGGGAUCACCAAGAAGCCUAUUCCUGAUUUCAGCUUUUAUGAUCGAUCAUCUCCCAUCUAUACCCAACCUCGAUAUCUGCCUCCUUCCAAGAUGCUAGAUGCUGAUGUUACUGAUAGUGUUAUUGGUGAAGGGUGCGUGAUUAAAAACUGCAAAAUCCAUCACUCAGUUGUUGGUCUCCGGUCCUGUAUCUCUGAGGGUGCAAUUUUGGAAGAUACCCUACUGAUGGGAGCUGACUAUUAUGAGACGGAUGCAGACAGGAGGUUUCUGGCUGCAAAAGGGAGUGUUCCAAUUGGAAUUGGAAAAAACUCUCACAUAAAAAGGGCAAUCAUUGACAAGAACGCACGUAUUGGAGAAAAUGUAAAGAUCAUCAACCAGGAAAAUGUGCAAGAAGCAGCGAGGGAAACAGAUGGUUACUUCAUCAAGAGUGGCAUUGUUACAGUGAUCAAAGAUGCUCUCAUUCCAAGUGGGACUGUCAUCUAAACUUCUUAUGAAUUUGUUCAAGAUACUCUUCCAAAUAAUGGGGCUCUCUUCCACUGCCUGCAAUUUUGGAGUCCUGAAGAAGCCUGUAAAUUUGCCCGUAGUAAGUUGUCUGUGGGGGGGAGAACCAUUGUAAAGGCCCAUCAGCAUGUCAAGGCUUUAGUAGCUUCAUGAUCGAUCAUCUCAGCGGCACUAAAGUAUUGCCGCCAAAUAGUCAUUGCUUCUGUUUCUACAUGUCGAAAUAUCAUUCAGAAGCAUGCUAGGGAAUUUCAUCUC